AUGCCUUUAUCUCUCCCCCGCACUCCCACAUCCCUGCCUCCUCACACUCCCUCAUGGAAGCCCAUUCAGACACCCAUGCAGCCGUCCACCCACUCCAACCCAUCCCCACCACACCAUCCGCUCCUCCCUCAUCCUGCCCCUGACCCCUUCCUCUCCACCCCCUCCCCCGAGCUCCUCCAAUCUCUCGUCCUCCACUCUUGGCCCCCAGGAGCAGCGUCCAGUAACCCUGUAACACCUCGUGCGGUUACCACCGGUUCCUCCUUCGCUCCUGCCCAUCCUGCUUCUGUUCCGCCCUCCCCUUUGGCCUUGCCUGUGGCUUUGGUACCACCAGUGACCAAUCCCUCUCAGCAUCAGCCCCUCCUUUCUCCACCAGUACCUGCUCGUCAGCAGCGAGCAUUACCUCCUGCCUUGCUGGCUGCAUGGAUUACAUCUGCCGUACGCUCCCCUGGAGUUACGUCUGGCGUUACAUUGGAUAGAACGGUGCCAGCCCCGCCUGUAGCAGGAGCAGGGCGGGAGCAGCAGCAGCAGCCAAUGGAAAUAUCAAGGGAAGCAACAGGGCCAUGGGAUUCCUUGCAAGCACUGUCAGCAGCAGGUUCGGAGCCGGUGCUUUGGACCGGUGCUGCCGUUCCAUCUCUUGGAGUCCAUAGUUACAUGGAGUCAGUUCCACCUGCCUCCAUCCCACCAUACCAGCAGCAGCAGAAGCAGCAGCAGUUGUUGACUUCUCAGCCCUCCUUGGGCCAGCAGCAGGAGGCUGGCGCUCUGGCGGGGCAAUCAUUGCAAGGGGAGGGUGCAGGAGGGAAUGACGAGGACGAGCUUGCACAGCUGGAACAGCUCCGCCAGUUGCUGCUCUUACAGGAACAGCUUAUAAGGAAACAACCAGAGGGGGGAGAGGGGCUGCAGCGGAGGAGGCAGAGGUUGGAGGGGAUGAAAUGUGUGGAGUGGUGUGGAGAUCUGAACCAGCAGGUGGAGACAGAGGGGGGAGUGGCGACAGAGCGUGAGAGGCAGUGCCGUUCAGAGGAAUAG